AUGUCUGGACGUGGCAAAGGUGGAAAAGGUCUUGGCAAAGGUGGUGCCAAACGACAUCGUAAAGUACUUCGAGAUAAUAUUCAAGGCAUAACAAAACCAGCUAUUCGUCGUUUGGCUCGACGAGGUGGUGUCAAACGUAUAAGUGGUUUAAUCUAUGAAGAAGUACGUGGUGUAUUAAAAAUAUUUUUGGAAAAUGUUAUUCGAGAUGCUGUUACAUAUACUGAACAUGCAAAACGUAAAACAGUUACAGCAAUGGAUGUUGUCUAUGCUCUUAAACGUCAAGGUCGUACACUCUAUGGUUUUGGUUCAUAA